AUGAAUAAUUUAAAUGGAGGUUUAGAUGAUGGUGAAUGUUAUGGAUUGAAAUAGGAAUAGCCAAAAAGAUAUGUCCAAGUUUCUACAUACAGUGAUUUGUAUUAUGAUUUGGAGAAGAUGAGAAGAUUUGAGGAAGGAGAAGAAAUAAUAGAAUUAAAUGAUGGAUUACAUUCAGAGAAAGCUUCUUAAUUACAUGCAUGUAGAGAAUGAAAUAUAAUUUAAGAUUAUUCAAUGAAGUGGAUGGAAUACUUACUUGAAUUAGAGAUGGAGUUAAAAGCAUAUUUAUAUGAUAGAGCAGUGAUUGUACCUGAUAUAAAUCAAUAUGUGAAUAAGCGUUUGUAACCAAUGAUAGAGGUUACUCUGGAUAAAGUGUAUUUUGCUUGUUUCUAAAUAGUUUAACUGAUUCCAGCAAAUUAAAGAUUUAGUGUUACAUCAAUGAGAUAUUGCUACUUAUUUAAAGAGUAUGUUUAAAGAUUUGGAAAGAAUAUCCUUAGAUAAGUUUAGCAUUGUUAAAACGUAUACAUUAGACUCAAUGCAAUUCGUUUUAUGAUAGUAGAAUUAAGGAUUUAAGUGUAUAUAUUGAAACUAUGAAUGAUUUCUAUGGAGAGAGAUUACAUCAUCGUGUUAGUUCAGAAGCUGAAGGUUAUGAUAAUCUUUAAUAUACAGAGAUUUAUAAUUCCAAGACUUUUUAUCCUUUGAAAGGGGAAAUCUUAGAAUAAUAUCGAUUGAAUUAAGAUGUAUUUACUCUAUCACCAUUUUAAAGAAUGCAAAUUCAUUAUUUUUAUAAAAAUGGAGGUUUUGCACUUUUAGAUGAUGCUGUGAUGAAUUUCAAUCUUAACUAUUUAGAUAUCUUUUCUAUUUUCUAAUAUUUGAAUUCCUUUCUUGAUAAGUAGAAAUUUUUAAAUUACUUUCAUCAUUUUUCAUUUUAGAAUUUGACAUCUAAAUUAACAGAAGAAGAAAUUAAAAAUUCUAAUAGAGAUACAAUCAAAAAAUUAAUUGAAGGAAUUGAAAAUAUAUUUGAUUAAUUUUAUAAAUCCUCUGAAAAAAAAGAGUUAAUUGCUUUAGCAGAAAUGAGUGUCUAUUUACAAUGUUUCCGUUGCACUGCUUUAGAAAAAAGAAUAUAUGGUAUCUACUUUAUUCAUUUCAAGGAUUGUAAUAAUUUUGUGAUAAAAUCAAUACUGCUUAGUCCAAUGAAUUCAUGAAUUAAUAGUAUAGUAUGAAUGAAGAAUGGUAUAAAAAUGACAAUGUCUUAAAAUACAUCGUAGACAACCAAGUUUUUCAAGAAUUAUUUGGAGAAAAAGCACAUUUUGAAUUAAUCAAAAGAAGUUUUCCUAUUAUUUAAUUUCUUUAUUUACAUCAUUAAUUAAGCAAAGAUGAAAUAUUUACUAUUCUUAGAUUAGGAAAAGGAAAACAUGAAACAUGGGAUAAUAUGAUUUCCAAAUUACUUACAGAUUUAGCUGAAAUCUUAACUCUAGAAGAUGUAGAUACUAUGAUAUAAAAUAUAUAGUAAAAUUAAAUUGAUUUAAAUGGUCUCAAUUUUAUUAAAAGUUUAGGAAGAAAUAAAUACAUAAGAUAAGAAUAAGAAUAAGAUUCUUUAAAUCUAAGAAAUAAUGAUGAUAAUUUUACAAAAUAAAAUGAUAGAGCAUCUGGAAAAAGAAAGUAUUAACAAUAUGAAACUGAUACAACAGAAUCAGAAUAUAAUAAAACAGAAACUAUUCAAUAAUUUGAUAAUUAAAAAGCUAUCAAAUUAUAAUCACAUAUUGUAGAAUUCUUAUUGAAUAUCGUCCAUGAAUAACCAACAACUGAAAUUGGAUAAUCUGCAUUUACUAUUGCCAUUAAUUUGAUUUGUCAUCAGUUUAAAUAGCUUAGAAUCUAAUAUCUCUUUCUUGGCUUCUCUAAUUUAAUUGCAGAAGAUUAACCAUUACCUGUAUCCAAUUAUAUCACAGUCUUAUAAAAAAUUAUAUCCUCUUCUUAUCCUUUAGAUGAAUUUCCUAAUUAGAAAGAAGUCUUAAAAAGAAUCUAGGAAAAAUAUGAUAUUAAGAUCAACUUUUUGAAAGUUAUGGCAAGAGAAAAAUUGAGAAUUAUAAAAAAAGAUAAUAAAGAAUAUUUAUAAAUCAUAGAACAACUUGUUAAAUUUUAUCAGUUUCUUCAUCAAGAUUCAAAAAUAACUAAAUCUUAACUGAUGAUUUUAUGGAAAUUGUUAGUAGAGAAUGCCAGAUGUUAUGAAGAAAGAGAUCUAUUUUUCAAUUGGGUAGGAGAUGUUAAUAAGAAAUUUUUGGAUUAGGAAGCAAUCGAAUUAUUAUUUAUUUCUACUCUAAAAUGUUAAGUUUAAAGUUAAUCAAUGUUAUAAUGUUUGACAAAUCUAAUUUUGUAUUUCAAUGUGCAAUAUAAAGUGAUGAAGUUGUAGUAUGAUUAAUACACAAUUUUAGAUGCAGAUAUAAUUGGAUUAUAAGUAUUAUGGAAGAUUUUCAAGUAAUAGGAGGAUUUGGGAAUAAAAUUAUAAGAAUUUUUGGUGAGAUUAUUGAGAUUUAAACAAUAAUAGAGCAUUUUAAAUAAAUUAAAAUAAGAAUAUUUAAUAUAAUUAUUUAAUUAGAUUGAAAAUCCAAAUUCAUUAUCAUUUAUAAUAAAACUGUUAGAAGAGUUUGAAGGAUACUAAUUGGCUGAGUAGGGUGAAAAGGUGUUUGUAACAAUAGAUAAUAAAUGUAUAGAUGCAAUGCCUCCAAAGAGAUAAGAUAUUCAAUUAUUGAGUGGAUUGAUGGUAUUAUAAGCUAAACAAAUAAUUGGAUAGAAAUUGAAUCCAUCUCUGAAGGCAGAUGAAAUAGAUAUAAUUUGUAGAGGGACUUUAUUUGAUGAUAAUAAAACAUUAAAAGAUUAUAAAGUAAAUUAGAAAUUAACUUUUGUAAUAACAAAGAGAGAGAUAAUGACAGAUGAGAUGAAUGCUUAUAAUAAUACAACUAAUUAAAUUGGUAAUGAGUAUGUGCCACCGGAUGCAGAUGAAAGAGUAUAAGAGAUAGUGAAUAUUGUUUAAAUUUAGGACAAGGAAUUUAUACUUUCUGUUUUGAAAGAAAAGAAUUGGUAAGUAGAAAAUGCAAUAUGUGAUAUUUUAGAUCGUGGAGAACAAUUGUUAUAAGAAUAUUAAUAGAAGAAUCCAUAAAGUAAGAAAUAGAAGUAGAUAGUUAAAUAACAUAUGGAUGAGAUUUCAUUUGCUUCGUUGAUUUCAAAUAAUUAUAUUGAUUAAUUAUUCCUACUAUUGAAUUAAGGAAAUAGUGAAUAGAAUACUAAGAUAUGGUCAAUCUUAUAAAUGAUUCCAAGAAAUAAGUAAGUGUAUGAAUUGAUUGAAUAAUCUAAAUUAGAUUGGUAUAAUUUCUUGAUUGUGGAUAAUAAGUAUAAAUUAUAAUAUCAUCUACAAAUUCUAAAAGAAUAAUUAUAAUGUGAUUUUAUAGAAGAUUAAGAUGAAUAUGAAAAACGAAGAAUCUUAAGAGAAAGUUUUUUAUUUCAUGGUGGCUUAAAUCUACUGUUAUUUUAAUUAGAUAACUCAAUUGAAAUAUUAAUAAUCAUAUUAGAUAUAUUCCAAAUAUAUUUUACAGCUUAUUCAUUAAGUAGAUUAAUGAUGAAUUAAAAUGAAUUUAUGCAAUUACUUAAAUUAAAAUAAGCAGUCUAAUAGAAAGAGGAAGAUCCUAGAAUAUGUAGUUUAUUUAAUAUUCAAUUUCAGAAAUAAGAAAAACCCAAUAUUCAAGGAUUUGAUGAGGCUUAACUUUUAUAGAAUCUAUUUUUUAAUUGUGGAUUAGAUGUAGAAUGGGAUGUAUUAUUAGAUGCUUUAAUUUAAAGAAUGGGAGUUGAAUAAAUAUAUACAACUAUACUAUGUAUUUUAUACAUGAAACCAUAACUCUUAAAAGUUUAAUUACCUAUAAAUAGAUUAGUUGAAUUACUGGCAAGUUCAAAUGAAGAACAAAGAAAAAUGACUGCUUAUUUCAUCCUCACUUUAUAAGACAUUGCUAAAAAAAAUAAUGUAAAUCUUAGUAAUGAUAUUCUUAAAACAUUGUUUAAAGGAGAAACUCAAUAUGAUGAAUUAUAUCUAGUUAUUGCUGGAUUGAUUGGUUAAGUUAAUGACCUAACAUUUUUUGAUACUCAUUAAUUAGCCUAAUAAAUUAUAUCAUUGAUUUCUAAUCGUUAAAUUAUUGAGUAGAGAUUUACAGAAAAUGAAGAUAAAUUAUUAUAGGGAAAUUUACUAUUAUUAACAUCGUUGUUAUAAGUUGAUUCAAAUAUUACAGUAGAUAUAUAAUUCACAUCAUAUUUGUAUCAAUCUUUAUUUGAAAUGAAUAAUGAUUAUUACAAAUAUCCUGUCUAUAAACGUAAAUUAACCAGAAAAAGAGCCUUUUAAUUAUUAUUAUAAUUAAGUUAAAAUUAAUCUCAUCUUGUUUAAAUAUUGUCUCUUAUUCAAAAUCAUCAUAAACUCAAAUUUGAUAUUCAUGAAGUAGAUAUGGACUUAGGAAUUAAAGGAACUCAUGGAUUUGUUGGAUUAAAAAAUCUCGGAGCUACUUGUUACAUCAACUCACUUCUUUAAUAAUUUUAUAUGAAUAAACCAUUGAGAAAAGGAAUUUUAAACGGUCAAAUCAUGAUCACUGAAAUGAAAGCUCCUUUAGUCUUUGAUAAUAUUGCUGCUGUUGAUUUACCAGUAUUACAACGUAAAUUGACAGAUCAUACUUUACAUCAAUUAUAAUUAGUUUUCAUUCAAUUACAAGAGUCUGUUAAAUAAUACAUCAAUCCACAUUAGUUGAUUAAAACUUUAAAGGGAUUUGAUGGAGAAGUUAUCAAUGUUCUUAUUUAAUAAGAUUGCAAUGAAUUCUUUAAUUUGAUUACUGAUAAAUUAGAAUAAGAUUAAAAAUUUACAAAUUAAUCAAAUCUCAUUCCAUAAUUAUUAGGUGGUACUUUAAUAAAUGAAAUAAAGUCAUUAGAAGCGGAUUGUGAUUUUAGAAGAGAGAAUGAAGAACCAUUUUUAACAGUUUCAAUAGAUAUCAAACAUAAAAAAUGUCUUGAAGAAGCAUUGGAUUUAUUUGUUAAAGGAGAUGUACUUGAUGGUGAAAAUAAGUAUUUAUGUGAAGAGGUAUAAAGAAAGAUAGAUGUUUAAAAGAGACAAUAUUUUAAGAAGUUACCAAAUACUUUUAUAUUCCAUUUAAAACGAUUUGAAUUCGAUUACAAUACUAUGUUGAGAAUUAAGAUUAAUGAUUACUUUGAAUUUCCUUAAGAAAUCAACAUGUUUAAGUGGACUCGUGAUAGUAUUGUGGAGAAUAUGGAAAUUGAGGAUUAGAGUGAUUAUAUGUACAUUCUCAAAGGUGUAUUGGUACACAUUGGAAGUGCAGAGGGAGGACAUUAUUAUUCUUUUAUUAGAGAUGUUGAUUAAUGGUAUGAAUUCAAUGAUAAAUUGAUUUGUCCAUUUAAAAUUGAGAAUUUAAAGAUGGAAUGUUUUGGUGGAGGUAAUAAUAAUCUUUCUGAUUGGGGAAUGAGUAAUAGUAAAAAUGCUUAUAUAUUAUUUUAUGAGAAGGUUAAACAUGAUAUUCCUGAUUAAUUAUAUGUAAAAGGUACUAAUGAAGAAUUAUUAAUUAAUUAAGUAAUUGGUGAGAAUACAGAUUACUUAAAGAAUUAGUUAUUUUAUGCUCAAGAUUACUUUAAAUUCAUUUAAAAUUUUGUUCAGACAUUGUAAGUCAAAACUCCAUAUACAGUGACUUAAUUAUUAUCUUAAGAAAGUAAUUUAAGAGAAUUAGAAGAUCUGCCUUCAUUUGGUAUGGUAAAAUUAUUUACGUUUUUCACUUAUGAAGUUUUACUAAGAAACAAAGAUCCAUAGAUGUUUUAAUAUAAUAUUUAGAUAUUGGGCGAUAUGUACAAAUAGGAACCAGCAACUAAUUUUUGGUUUCUUGAUUUGUUAAGAAAUUAGAAAUAAUUAAUUGUUGAUUUAUUGAUAGAAUCAUCUCAUUCAGAAGUAAGAAACGCAUUUGGACAAUUGAUUGUCUAAUCAAUUACAACAAUAAUUGAAUAUGAAUAGAACUACUUAUUUGAAGAUACUUGUAUAGGUCGUUUUCUUUAAUUCUAUAUCUAAGUUCUACUAGUAACAGUGAAGAAUACUCUAAGAAGAGGUACAGAAUACUUUUAAGUUAUUAAAAAUAUUUUAAUAAGUAAUCAACUAUUAGUAAAAUAUUUUUACUAAUAAGAAUACUUUAAAUAGAUUUAUUAAUUAUUGUAAGAACAAGUAUAAGGAGUGUAAAUGAUUACUUCCUUUAAAUUAUAGUAAUUGAGUACUAAUAAUGUUGAUCAGCCAUUAAUAGUUGUCAGUGAUAUAAUCUCUAAAGUAAUAAUGAGUUGUAGAACUGAAAUCAUGAUUGAAUAAAAUGAAGAUGCUCCAACUUAUCUAUUCAGAGGAUAAAAGAAUCUAGAUAUAGAUAAAUAUUGGUUAAAGAGAUUAUUGGAUACUGAUGAUUUCAAGAAAUAUAUAUUAGCAAUGAUUCAAUUCUAACCUAAUCUAAUAGAUAUGAUUAAACAUAUAUGUUGGAAGGAUCAUAAUAUUAGUAAUCAAGUUAUUACAUAAAUUGUUUCUUAAUUCUUAGAAUUUCUAAUUGAUUGGUAGUAAUUGGAACCUCUCUCUUAAACUAUAGAGGCUUUAUUCAAAAUGGAUGAUAAUCUACUAGAAAUGCGUUUAUAAACUUUUUUUAGUGAACCAAUCAAAUCCUCAUCUUAUGUCAAAGGCACUUCUAUUUUGAAUGCCAUUAGAUCACAAUAUGAAAUGGAUAAAAAUUAUAGCUUUUGUAUGAUAGCAAUACUUGCUAAUUUGGCAACUUAAGUUGAUUAUGUUGCAGAGCAUUUCAAGAAUAAUAGAAAUCAAUUUGAAUUCUUGCUUUUUAAGGCUAGAGACUAUAAGAAUAUUAUCUUUGGAUUAUAUUUCCCUAUCAUUAAAAUAUAGAAGUCUAUACAAUAGGUAUGAUUUAUUAUUUUAUGUAGUUAUCUGCAAUAUUUGAGGAGCCUGAAAAACCUAUAAUUCAAAUAACUCUUCCUAAAUAAAAUUCAACUGUACAAGAUGAACCUGAACCUGAAGACUCUGAUAAUUAAGUGGGGCAAUUAAUAGAACAAAAUAAGAAUAAUUAUACUUAGACUAAGGAAGACUCUAUGAAUAAUAACAAUCCCUCCGACAGAGAGAAUGAAACUGAUGAAUUAUCAGAAUGAAUAAUAAU